UUAGUUUAGACACCUGAAUGCAGCAUACGUCAUAUGGUGGUGAAAAGGGAACGCUGAAUUUUCACCUAAACUCAGGAGAGAUCUCCCUCUCCCUUGACAUUUUGAACCUUUUGGCAGUUUCUCCAUUAAUUACCCAAAGCUAGCUGACAAAAUAAGAACAAGAUAAACUUUGAGAAUAUUGUCAGUGAGUGACCCACAAGCAGCAGCGAGGGAGAGCCCACCAGCAGCCCUUGAACCGAACAUCUGUGGUCCAGGAUAGCAGAAGCUGCUCCGUGACAAUGGAGGCUAUUUUGAACUGCAAAACUGAGGACUUGGAGGAUUACUACGGGUUAUUGGGAUGUGAUGAAUUGUCGUCGACUGAACAGAUUAUAAAUGAAUACAAGAUCCGAGCCUUGGCAUGUCACCCGGACAAACACCUAGACAAUCCAAGAGCAGUGGCAGAUUUCCAAAAGCUGCAGGAAGCCAAAGAGGUGUUAUGCAAUGAAACCAAAAGAAAAAACUAUGAUGUUUGGAGAAGAAGUGGAGUAACUAUUCCAUUUCAUGACUGGCAAGCCUUGAAUGACUCUGUCAAAAUGUCAAUGCACUGGGCUGUGAGAAAUAAGAAGGAACCGAUGUUGGAGGCCUCCGAUGCAGAAAUCCCUGUCACUUCCCAAGCAGAGGACCUUCAUUCUGAGCAAGAAGCACCGAGGAUCCCUUCAUAUGAUGCCAUGCCAUCCGCAAGGGAUUACUGCCAUCGCCGUUUCCGUUGGGCCGCUGACACCCCGUCCACUCUGCUGCAGAAGUUUAGAAAUUAUGAAAUAUAAAUAUAUUAACAGUUUCAUUUAGUUUUAAUGUUUGUGUUUUGUGUCUUGUUGAUGUCCUUAUUCAGUGGGGACCCUUUUCAGUGUGGUGUUAAUGUUUAUGAAUAUGGUCUGGCUGGAACUUACUAAACUUCUUCAUUAAAAUUGUAAGCUCUAAAUGUGUCUGCUGCAAGUGUCAAAUACUUUGCCAAACAAAGAUCAGCUUAUGAGAUUAUGUGAAUAAUUAAUUUUGUUUUGCUCAUUUGUUAAUUAUGUUCACAAACACACAAUGGAGAAAUUAUACUGGAUUCAUUCUGUUAUUUGUAUUUUUGUGUUGCUGUCAAGGGUAUAAUGUUGGGAAAUUAAAUGUGAAGCAUCUCGUGUACAUUA